UGUAGGUGUCAGGCAGCUAUGACGGCUUUCAAAGGAAUAUGGACACAACAGUUUUGGAGAGCAGUUUCUGGGGAGUUUCUGGCAACACUCAUCUUCGUUCUUCUCGGCUUGGGCUCUACGAUCUCCUGGGGAGAUGAAAAUGCACCUUUGGACAUUGUCCUCAUCGCUCUCUGUUUCGGACUUAGCAUCGCGACCAUGGUGCAGUGCUUUGGUCACAUCAGUGGGGGUCAUGUGAACCCAGUGGUAACUGCUGCCAUGGUGUGCACAAGGAAGCUAAGCCUGGCCAAGGGAAUCUUCUACAUCAUUGGGCAGUGCCUGGGUGCCAUGUCUGGUGCUGGGAUCCUCUACCUGAUCACGCCAUCCCAAGUUGCGGGUGAACUGGGAGCAACCAAGAUAAACAGGAAGCUUUCGGCAGGACAUGGUCUAUUGGUCGAGCUGUUUAUUACAUUCCAGCUGGUGUUCACCAUCUUUGCUACAUGUGAUUCUAAGCGUGAUGACCUCAAAGGCUCAACAGCUUUAGCCAUUGGUCUGUCCGUGGUCAUUGGGCACCUGUUUGCAGUUAACUACACGGGAGCGAGUAUGAACCCUGCUCGAUCAUUUGGACCUGCAGUUAUUACAGGGAAAUGGGAAAACCAUUGGGUGUACUGGGUGGGCCCGAUGAUGGGUGGAAUCCUUGCUGCCGCCUUGUAUGAAUAUCUCUUCUGCCCAGACAAAGAACUGAAGAACUAUCUUAAGGACAUUCUUAAGCCUAUACAACCUCCCGGCGAGAAAUGCAUUGAGGCAGAGGACAACAGGAGCCAAGCUGUUGAAUACGAGGACUUGGUCAUCAAACCUGGAGGUUCUGAAAUCAUUGCCAUGGAUAAAAAUGAGGAUAAGAUGGAAAAAGAUGUCACAAAAGAACUUCUGUCAUCUGUAUGACUAGUAAAGGGAGUGGAAAGCAGAGACGAGGAUUGCAAACUCUUGAGUGUGAGUGUAAUUUCUCUAAAGGAAACAGACCUGCUGUAAAUACGUGGUACCAUGUAUCUCUGUGCCAACUGUUAGAGAAAUUAUUCAUUCACAGAAUCUCAGAAUGGUGCAGGAGGAACCAUUCAGCCGAUCAUGCCUGCACUAGUUCAAUCCCCUAGUGCCAGGUUCCUGCCUUUUCCCCAUCUCCCUGCUCACCAUUUCUAUCCAAAUACCCAUCCAAUACCCCUCUUCAAUGCCUCAAGUGAACCUGCCUCCCCCACAUUCCCAGGCAGUGCAUUCCACACCUAACUGCAAGCUGGGUGAGGAAGAGU